UAUGAGGGUGGGGGGUCAGUUGAGUGGUGUCGCUGGUCUGAUGAUGUUCUCGCCUGAGCUCGUGACUGCCGCUGUCGUGUUCCUCACCGUCGUUACAGCACAGAAGUCCGUAACAAUAGAUGAUGCUUCUAAAACAACACUGGAUCAGUGGACGAGCGACGAGGACACGUCAGAAGUGAAGCCCGGGGACACCGGGCCGCUAAUUGACAUUCUGCAACACCAGCAGGAGUACGACACCAUACCCACCGAUGACUUCUUAGAUCCUGGAGAUCCCGACCAUCUAUACUACGAUGACGACGACUACGACGACAGUGAAGACGGCAACAACGACGAUGAUGACAACGGUUUGGACCUGGAUUCCGAAGAGGAUGAGGAUGAUAGCAAGGGGCAUGAAAGUAACGACCGCUUCAAACGGAAGGUAAUCUUUGGUGGCGGCGGCGGCUACAGCGGCGUGGGGCGGCGUGGCGGCGGCAGUGACCCGUACAGUCGCCGCCGUGGAGGCGGUCAGGGCAAUGGUCCUGACUACGGCGUCAACGAUUAUUCGUGGCCCUUUCGGUCUAGAAAUGAAGAUAUACCCACUGCCUCACACAACGGUGGUUCAUCGGACACCUCUUCCUCCUCCUCCACCUCCUCCAGCUCUCCCAGUUCCUCUAGCACCUCCGGUACCUCCUCUCGAUCCUCUGACAUCGCUGACUCUCCGGCGGUAUUUGGCACACCCGUCGCCUCCUCCGCUUCCACUAUCACCGGCACUUCUCGGUCAUUAGGCAACUCACGCUCCUACGGGAUCACUCACACCUCGGAUACAUACGACUCGCCCAGCACCUCGAACAGGAAGAGUAAGACAGGGCGCCGCGAAGUCAAGAAAAAGCUCUCCAAGAAUCAGAAAUGGGAGAUCGCACAGUACGCCCUCAAUCAUAGCAAUGAGGAGGCAGCAGAGCGCUAUGGUCGUUUAGUCGACAGGAGACUCAGCGUCAAAAAGAUCGCAAAGUUCGUGAAGCGGUACCAGCAAAGACUCCUGAAGAACCAGAGGCACGAGUAGGGUGAGUGUACUGUAGAGAUUGAGGGAGCGCGUGGAGCAGUGCAGCACGCGUCCACCGCCCUGGAUGUCACAGAUAACUCUAGAUAUGUAAAUGUUUUAGUGUUUCUGAUAUUCAGUAUUUUCCCCUGGUGGACAUGCUGAAAUUUAACAUAGAUUAAUUUUACUACUCACUUCACUUCUUCGAAGUUCCAAACGCGAGUCUUAGAAUGCUAGUAAAGUUGAGAUAACUUGAAUUAAAUAAUACUCUAGUACAGUACUUUUGAUAAGCUUUUUUUUUUUUACCUGUAAUGACUUUUUGAUGGUUUAACCUUCCGAUUCAUGCUUCGUUUUUUUCAAAGCCUGAACGCGAGUCUUUGAAUUAUGCGCACAACUGAGAGCGUCACUAUCAUGUUGAUCCUUUUGCACUUAUGUAUAAUUUAUGUUAUUAGGUGUAAUAGUAACUAACAAAACUGUAGUACCUGUAUCCUUACUGCUAAAAUAUUGCAAUAUUUGCAUAUGUAUGUUACCUCAGAUGACUAAGUUUAUAUAAACAAGCAUCAUUCGACGGCAUAAGGCCAAAACAUUGAGUCUUUCAAUAUAUAUAUAUAUAUAUAUAUAUAUAUAUAUAUAUAUAUAUAUAUAUAUAUAUAUAUAUAUAUAUAUAUAUAUAAAUUUAUUUACUUUGGCAUCCCUUUCUGGCUAUAAGUUUAAAAGACACACGGGACAUAAUUAUCUUGCUAUAUUAAUCUCGCCAAAACUCAACAUUGACAAGUUAACACAGGUGUUAUUUUUUUAUAUAUCUGGCACAUGUUAAAGACGGAAAAGAAAGGGGUUCACCUUCAUUAACAGCUGACGUACUGUAAUAUCCUGCAGUCGACUGAUGUAUGUAGGAUUAGUGAUUUGUAUGUGCAUGCUUAGUUUGUUCAUAGGUUCUUCUUAUCUGUAAUCAGCACCAAGAAAAGUUAAAGGUAUCUAUUUAAAAAGCACCGUUUAUGUGUUCCACGGAUCUGAAUGGUUUUGAGUAGUUGUGUUAGGGGUUGUUGCGUCAGUUGUUUUCUCUUGCUAUUUACGUGUUCUGUUAUCUGUUACCAUUUUGUUUGUAGUUAUUUACCACCAUUACGUCUACAACUAUCUACUACCAUUACGUCUACAACUAUCUACUACCAUUACGUCUGCAACUAUCUACCACCAUUACGUUCUACAACUAUCUACCACCAUACGUAUACAACUAUCUACUUCCAUUACGUCUACAACUAUCUACUAUCAUUAUUUCUACAGCUAUCUACUACCAUUACGUAUACAACUAUCUACCACCAUUACGUUCUACAACUAUCUACCACCAUACGUAUACAAUUAUCUACCACCAUUACGUAUACAACUAUCUACCACCAUUACGUAUACAAUUAUCAACCACCAUUACGUAUACAACUCUUACCAUUACGUCUAUAAUUAAUUAUCUACUACCAUUACGUCUACAACUAUCCACUAUCAUUACGUCUACAACUAUCUACUACCAUUACGUCUACAACAAUCUACUAUCUACCAUUAUAUGUACAAUUUUCAAAUGCAAUUAUGCCAGAUUUUCUAACUUUUUGUAUAUAUCAUUCUACCAUUAAUGCCCAGUUUCUGCUAUUAUCUUUAUAUUACUAUACCAUUAUCUCUGUAUUGUCUACUAAUUUCUACAGCUAUUAUGUCACUAACUAUCUAUCUAUCUAUCUAUCUAUCUAUCUAUCUAUCUACCAACAUGUCUCCAUCUAUUUACCUACCAAUAAGUCGACUUCGCUUGAUAUCUAUACAUGACCAACCUUGAUAUUUUCUACCUAAAUCAACGUUAACUGAAAGAGUGUGAAGAAGAUUGGACAAUCACCUGACCAGAAUAGUGUUUAGGUGAUUGGGGCCUAGGUGGCUUACGCUGUGCUCUACAUUAUACAGUACUGCAAUAUCUUGUUGUAUUUGCGUCGCCAGGGCUGUAAUUAUCAAAAUCAAUCAAUCUUGCUGUAUUUGGAGAAUGUAGACUUUUCUCCAAUGUGUUAAUGUGUGUUAACUGAAAAAGUAAACAGUGGUUAUGUUAAA